CACCGCGAUACGGUUUACUGUACAUGGAGACCAUAAACGUGGCAUGGAAGCGUCUUGCAGUUUCUUAUUGGUCGGUCGUGCGCUGUUUUGACCACGUGACCCGGAAAUGGCUGCUUCUGCCCAGAGUAAAACUGUUCAGGACAGCAUCCUGGAGCCUCUGUGUUUCCCAGAGGAUCCUACGUGCUGCUCCGGUUCCGCUGGUUCUCUGGGUUCUGCCGGUGCUGAGCAGCUGCUGGUGUGUCUCUUCUGCCCCGAGUCGGUCCCCCUGCAGCAAAAGGACGUCCUCCUCAAACACCUACUGCUGGAGCACAAGCUGGUCAUCGCCGACGUCAAGCUGGUGGCCGACCUCCCCAAGUACGCCUCCUACUGGAGGCGGCGCUUCCAGGAGCAGCCGCUCACCGACUUCUGCAGCGUGAUCAAGACCAACUCGCAGGGCCCAGUCGAGAAGCAGGAGGACUACUUCCUGCUGUGUGACGUCCUGCUGGAGGACCGGGUCCUCCGAGAGAAGCUGCAGCAGAAGCGUCUGGUGGAGGUGCUGGAGCAGCAGCAGCGGGAGAGAGAAGACCGAAGCUUCCAUCGUCUCUGCAUGUUCUGCAGCGAGGAGUUCUCUGGAAACAGGUCGUCUCUGCUGAACCACAUGGCCAGAGAACAUUCCUUCGGCAUCGGGCUGCCAGACAACAUCGUCUACUGCGACCAGUUCCUGGAGGUCCUGCAGGGCAAGCUGGACAAUCUGCAGUGUUUGUACUGUGAGAAAACCUUCAGGGACAAAGCCACGCUGAAGGACCACAUGAGGAAGAAGGCUCACCGCCGCAUCAACGCCGGCAACAGCGCCUACGACCGCUUCUAUGUCAUCAACUACCUGGAGCUGGGGAAGACCUGGGAGGAGGUGCAGAGUGAGGACGACCGGGAGCUGCUGGAGGAGGACGAUGAUUGGUCGGACUGGAGGUCUCACCCGGUCUCUGCAGUGUGUCUCUUCUGUGAAGACCAGUCAGAGACCAUGGAGCAGAUCUAUGCACACAUGAAGGAGGCGCAUGGCUUCGACCUUCAGAGCCUGAGGACCGAGCUCAACCUCCACUUCUACCAGCAGGUCAAAUUGGUGAACUUCAUUCGGCGGGAGAUCCACCAGGGACGCUGCUACGGCUGCCGGGAGACCUUCGGGUCCAGAGACGGCGUGCUGCGGCACAUGGAGGUUAAAGGUCACGCCAUGACGCUGCCUGACGCGUCUGCCUGGAAUCAGCCGCAAUAUUACUUUCCCACGUACGAGAACGACGGCCUCCUGUGCUCGCUCUCCGACAGCGAGGAGGACGACAACGAGGAGGAGGCGCGUAGCGGAGAGGAGGUCCCAGUGAUCGCCGAGGACGUCUCAGACCUCAGAGCGCUGAAGGAGCGCAGCGUCCUCAACCAGCUUGUGAGGAGCAGGAGCUCCUGCAGCUAGGAGGAUCAGUCUAUGGAGGAGGAGCUCCUGCAGCUUGGAGAAGAAGGAGGAGGAGCCCCUGCAGCUAGGAGGAAAAGGAGGAUCAGUCCGCGGAGGAGCAGGAGGUACCAGGAGUACAGAUGCUUCUAGUUCUGCACCUCCUCCUCAUCCUCCUAUGGGCAGAAGGAGGCGUUCAGGAACAUGACGCCCAUGCAGGGAAUCAAAGGACUUGAUGACGUCAUCGUUAACACGUUUUAGAGUAAUUACAAUAAAAGCUUCUAUAAAUCUUUGUCUUCAUUCUUCAUGAACUGUGUUUCAACUCAUAUUAAUAUUUUUUUAUCUUUGUUAAAGGACAGAUUAAAGAAGACUAUUAAAGAAACUAUAUAACAA